AACAACUAUUCCAUUAUCAGUAUCAUUAGACACAAAUUCAAGUCUCAACUCUCUUUGGUGCAGAUUUCAGAAGAUCAAGAUUAGAUUGUGUAAAAAUGGCGUACUGCACGCAUCAAGCUAAAACAAUUUUCAUCUUUCUUCUCUGCAUUGUUGAAGUUUUAGGCCAGUCCAGCUGCCCGAGGCCACCUAGUAUUCGAAAUGGCCGGGUCUCUUCAAGUACAUCCACAUCAGCAACAUACAUAUGCAAUACAGGUUACCAACUUGUUGGAUCUGACUUUGCAUUUUGCGAACAAUUUGGAUUGAAUAGUUUUUUUUGGGACUCGGUACCCACUUGUAGAGCUGUAGUUACAGUUGUGAACUGCAACUCUCCUCCAUCCAUUCCUAAUGGGUCACCCAGAACACCAACUAGAACAACUGUUGGAGGAACAGUGACCUACACAUGUAACACUGGGUACCAACGUUCAGGAACAGCUACAGUGACCUGCCAGGCUAAUGGACGCUGGAGUACUAGACCAAUUUGUUAUGGAAUUUGUAGCUCACCUCCAUCAAUUUCCAAUGGGUCACCUGGUACACCAACAAGCACAGUAGCAGGAGGAAGAGUGACAUACACCUGUAACAAUGGCUACCAACGUUCAGGAUCAGCUACAGUGACUUGUCAGGCUAGUGGGAGUUGGAGUGUUAGACCAACUUGUAACAUCAUCUCCUGUGGUUCUCCUCCCUCUAUUUCCAAUGGGUCACCUGGUACACCAACAAGUACAACAUUUGGAGGAAUAGUGACCUACACCUGUAACACUGGCUACCAACGUUCAGGACAAUCCACUGUGACUUGUCAGGCCAGUGAAAGCUGGAAUACCAGACCAAGUUGUACACCUGUCUCCUGUGGCAACCCUCCGACCAUACCCAAUGGAAUCAGGACCGCCUUCACUGGUGCUACAUUUAGAGGAACCGCCACCUACGCCUGUAACACUGGUUACCAACGUUCAGGAUCAGCUAUAGUGACCUGUCAGGCUAGUGGAAGUUGGAGUACUAGACCAACUUGUAACAUCAUCUCCUGUGGCUCCCCUCCCUCUAUUUCCAAUGGGUCACCUGGUACACCAACAAGAACAACUUUUGGAGGAUUAGUGACCUACAUCUGUAAUACUGGCUACCAACGUUCAGGAUCAUCUACAGUGACCUGUCAGGCUAAUAGAAGUUGGACUGCGAGACCAAGUUGCUCACCUGUCUCUUGUGGCAACCCUCCAAACAUUCCCAAUGGGUCUAGGGCUACUACUGGUACAACAUUUGGAGUGACAGCCACAUACACUUGUAACACUGGGUACCAAUUGUCAGGACCAUCCACUGUGACCUGUCAGGCUAGCAGAAGUUGGAGUAUUAGACCAAGUUGUAAAGCUUCCAAAAGUUCCAUCAUACUAGAAGGAACAGUAGCUCAACACAGCUGUAACACUGGCUACCGUCUCUCUGGAAACGGUACGAGAAUCUGCAACAAUAAUGGCAUUGCUGGUGUUUGGAGUUUGCCAAAUUGGUCAUGUAGAGGAACACCGGAAGCUAUUCGUGUUGAAGUAGUUGCCUUGGGCUCCCCCGUGUUUUCUAAAAACUUCUCUCUUCUGUGCUCUGUGUAUGAAGCCGAGAUAUUCCAGCCAUUUUUCACUUACAAAUGGGUGAAAGACGAUAAACAGCUUACUUCAAAUUCACAAUUAUUAAGUUUUGAUAGUUUAACCAUAUCUGAUGCAGCAGAAUACAGGUGUGAAGUAACUCUCUCCUCGCUCCUACUGCCAAAUGAUGUACAAGUUACCAGUGGAAGUUAUGAGCUCACUUUUAAACGUCUGAUACUUCAAGUCCGUUUUGGUGGUAUACAUGAGUGCAGACAGUACACUUCUUCGGAAACCACUCAGAAAACUGAUGACAUCACUGCCACACUUGUGCAAGGAGUCACUGCCAUUUGUGAUUGUGGAUUUAACUCAACUUUCUUGUCUAACGCGUUUCUAAAAUGCUUUGCUGAUUCUCCACAGCAUGUGACAUACAGAGCAACAUUGUUGAGCUCAAGUGAUCUGUCCACAUCAAAAGUGCUUGAGUAUAUAGAGAAAUGGAUCCAUUCCACUCCAAGCGUGAUUAUUCAGAACCUUAAUCUCAACCUCAAUGCAACUUGUCCAACAGUUAUUGCUGACUUCAAUAGCUUGGAGUGCUCAGUGCAAGUUCCUUUCUCAGCUAUGGAAAACACUGCUGUAAUUGUGGGCUCUGUGAUAGCUACAAGUAUUAUCAUUUUGGUGCUUAUUGUUGUUUUCGCUGUUGUGGUUACCACCACCAAAAAGCAUCGAACCAAAAAUUCUAUCACUUCGGGGAAAAAAAGUACUAGAAAUGUGAACACGGAGAAGACAGAAAUGAGAAAUGUUCCACCGAUCCCUCGCUCCUUCAUGAGUCUUCCCUCACCCCCUGUACAGUAUAAAGUGCCUGAGGCUACUGCAGACCCUGAGUAUGAUGAGGUAGGACCCCCUGUGGUGAAGGGUGGUGAAAAUCUGUAUGGCUUUGGCAUUGAUCCUUGUCCUGCGUAUAAGCAGACACUGAAGAAUACUCACCUCAAGUAAAAAACGAAUGAGACUAUAAAUGUGUACUUGAGACAAACUCUUGCAUAAUAGUGACUGUAAUUAAUUUUAGGUUAGACGAUGUUAUUGUGUAGUGACAGACUACGUACGUUGUGACAGUUUUUAGCUAUACCAUGAGAACAGUCAAGAUAUGCUAUAAUUGUGAUAAUCACUAUAAUUUUUUAUUAAAUUAUUAUG